AUGCCCAAUGUCCUAAUUCUCGGCGGAAGCGGAUAUGUCGGCCUGGCUCUCGCCCAAUCCCUCCUUCGAGCGGGCACAUACGCUGUCUGGGGGACUGCCCGAUCGUCCGACAAGGCAAAGCUCCUUCUCAUGAACGAGGUCGUUCCGGUCGAGAUCGAUAUCACCAAUCCCAAUGAACUCAGCAAGCUGAUUCUGGACAAUGCCAUCAACGUUGUGGUAGAUGCCUCGUCAGUUUAUGAGAAGUCCGGAAAAAUCCUCGACGGCGUAAUUCAGGCCGCCACUGCUCGCGAGCGGGCUCUGACCAAAGACAACAUCGUCGGACCCAAGCUGGGCUUCGUCUACUGCUCCGGAGCCUGGGUCCACGGCUCCCAAAAGACGCGCAUCAACGACCUUCUCCCUCCCGCAAGCGUAUACUCCCAGGACAAGCCAGCUACGGCUGUCGCCUGGCGCCCGGCACAUGAGCAAGCGAUUCUGGCCGCGCGUGAUAUGCUCAAUGUGGCUAUCCUGCGCCCCCAUACUAUCUACGGCCGAGGUUCCUGGGUCUGGAGCACCUGGUGGGGUGUAAUUGCCGAAGCAGCCAAGUCGGGCAGCGCUGCUCCCAUCCAGAUCCCAGCCGAUAAAGAGACCCGUAGCGGGACUAUUCACGUUGAUGAUGUUGCUGCUGGCUUUCAUGCCGCUAUCGAUCGUAUUGAUGGUCAGUUGGGUUCGUGGCCAAUCUUUGAUCUCGUGGCCGAGACUGUUUCAGUCGUGGAGAUCACUGAGAAUGUUCGAGAGCUCUACGGCGUGAAGGCUCCACUGGAGUACACUGGAGCCCAGGGAAACGUGUUCUUCGAGGCUCUGGGUCUCGUGUGA